GACUGCAAAUCGUCACCGGAGCAUUUCUUCAGGAAGAUGAACGAGUGGACCAACAUGGAGGAUGGCGAGAAGCUGUCCUUGCUCAAGCAGCUCCGCGACGCAAGCAAGGUUGAGAGGAGUGAGAAGACACUUGCACAAGUUCUUUGCGCUGUUGCCGCGGCCCUGUCUCCUCCUCGAGCAUCCUCGGAAUGCAAAGAGCUUAUUGGGAUCAUGGCACAUGGUGCAGGACGAGAUCAGGAAGCAAAUGUUGCAGUGGCACUGAAGCUGCAGGGCCGCAUCAGAUUCUUGCU